AUGCCUAAAGAAGAUUCACCGAUAUUAGCAUUCAACAAUGGAUGUGAUAUUCAUAACUCGUUAUCAGCAUCCGUAAUACGAUUAAUUGAAAUGGUUUUAAAAGGCGGUAGCGAGGCGGAACUAUAUAAGCAAACCGAAAUCUGCAUCAAGUUAUAUAGUGAAUCGAUUGCAAAAAAUGUUUCGAGCUAUCGUUUUCUAUUAAAAGGUGCUGAUCGGAAUGUCAGUUUCUCUACCACUACUUUCCAGAAUAUAAAUAAUCGGUCCACUGAUGAAUAUUUGGUUCAGUUGUUGAAAGCUAUUGAGGUAUGUCGCAGUGAAUUAACCACAUUCUUCUUCUGUCGACUUCUUUUAGGUUUCAUCACUUGCUGUAAACCUUCUGUAUCACUGAUACGUCAGCGUCGCAUAAUUCGUUUAGAUGGAACAAAUUCGCUUAUCAGAUGUUUUAUGUCAUUUAUCACGGAAUCAGUACAUUGUAGUUGUAUUGAUAUGCUCUGUUCUCUUUUGAUCAUGUUAUAUGUCAGAG